AUGUUUGCCCAGGCGGCCGCGGUGGCGCUCCUGGAGCAGAUUCCUGUGAUUGGCCAGAUUUGCUCACUGGUGCUGAGCGUUUUCUUCCUCGGCAGAGGCAAGGACUUCAGUUGGGCACAGCCCUUGGUGGAAAUGAUUCAAGAGUGGACCAAGAAGUAUGUAAGUGACGAGGUUUUCCAGGAGGUCAAAGCCACUGCCAUGGCGAAACUCAGCGGUGGGAGGACAGAGCUAAACAAGUACGAGCAUGGGAUGGAGGCCGUGAAGAAGAACGCUUCUGCGGGUUUGCCCCUGGACACAAUCUACUUCUCCAACCUUUAUGGGCUGACAAAGACGGCAGCCAGGUAUGGCCGGGACUGCCUGGACAAUCUUGAAGAACGGAAGGACCGUGACUACUUUGGCCGACUGCUUCCCCUGUAUCUCUUGUGCGCCAACUUUCAAAUGGGGGCUUAUGCCGAGUCCAUCAAUGCUGGCCGAUACUGGGAGAAGCACAUGGGCUGGGCCCCGCCCUGGCUCACCGUGACCCCGCAAACCAUGUGGAAAGUCCAUGCCCGGACGGAAAGGAAGUUACCGCGCUUCCUGAAGUCAUGGAAGGAUUGGCGACGAGGACAGAUUGGCUCAUGGUCUAAAAGGCACAAAGAGGGACGCUUUUGGCACAACGACUUCUACUUGGAGGAGAAGUGGAAGGAUAAAGUAAAAAUCCUAAACCUCUGGAGCUUCACGACAGAUGUAAAGUAUCACAACGUCGGUGAGCGUGCGCUUUUGCGGACCAUCAAGGAGACGCACUGGAGGUCCGUGCAGGUCAAGGAAAUGAUUCCCAUGCUGCGGAUGUAUGCGAGCCUCCACCGCAUAAUACCUGGUCAAGAAAAAAACACCUCACGACCGACGCACAUGCCUGCCGAGCUUUUGCUCGGGCCCUUCUCCCCUUUCUCAACAUCCUACAACGGGCGAUGGGUGCCGUAUACAGAUUAUGCGGGGAUUUGGUGCCCUGAGCACCCGUACCCAAUAUGGUAUCCCUUCAUUUCGCGAUCAUGGAACGCUAGCGCAGAGGUGCCAGACGGUGAGGUGCAAACGAUUCAGGCCUGGAGUGGUGAGAUCUUGGAGCAGCUCGUCUUCCGGUCCAAAUCCACCACAUUGAAGCUCCCGGACAUCUCGCCACAAGGGCACCGGGGGGAGAAGGUCACGGUUGGUGCUCGCUGUGGGUUCUCCCUUUUGUACUCCGCGCCCAGGACAUGUCCGCGCGUCGGGGACAUGGCAGAGCUUCGCUUGUUUCCGGCCGACAACACCUCCACCACCUGGAGCGGCUCCCGAGCGCGCAAGCUGAAACCCGGAGAGGCUUUGGGAUGGGAGUGGGGGCAGUACAGCUCCGGCUCUGGGCUCUGCGGCUGGUACAGGCUUUGGCAAAUCAAACGCGUCGCCAAAGACGAAUGCAAGCAGACCAUGGUUUCCGCGGGGUCCGGCGAUGCCAUCGAGCUAA